AUGCCGCCCCGCCUCCCGAUCCCGUUCGCCGCCGUCCUGCUCGGGCUCUACUACUGCCUCGGCCUCGCCGCGGGCCUAGCCAUGCCGUUGGCUGGCCCGAGGUCCGACGCGCAGCUGUCCAUGCUGAGCUACGGCGCCGAGGCCUGCCACUCGGUUCUCACCUCGUGCCGCCAGGACGCGGACUGCUGCCCCGGCCUGCGGUGCAAGAAGUACGACAGCGAGUCCUUCUGCAUACCCGGCGGCUGA